AUGUUUUAUUUCCACUGUCCGCCACAGCUAGAAGGCACUGCGCCCUUUGGCAACCACUCUACAGGGGAUUUUGAUGAUGGGUUUCUGCGGAGAAAACAGCGCCGAAACCGGACGACCUUCACACUUCAGCAGCUGGAAGCUCUUGAAGCAGUCUUUGCCCAAACACACUACCCAGAUGUCUUCACCAGAGAAGAGCUAGCCAUGAAAAUAAACCUCACAGAAGCCAGAGUGCAGGUUUGGUUCCAGAACCGAAGAGCCAAAUGGAGAAAAACAGAGAGAGGGGCCUCUGACCAGGAGCCGGGUGCCAAGGAGCCUAUGGCAGAGGUGACGCCACCACCAGUGAGAAACAUCAACUCCCCACCCCCUGGGGACCAGGCCCGGAACAAGAAAGAGGUGCUGGAGACCCAGCAGAGCUUGGGGCGAACUGUGGGUCCUGCUGGUCCUUUCUUCCCCUCCUGCUUGCCGGGGACCCUCCUGAACACAGCCACCUACGCCCAGGCCUUGUCACACGUGGCCUCCCUGAAGGGGGGUCCACUGUGUUCUUGCUGUGUCCCAGACCCCAUGGGGCUCUCCUUCCUCCCCACCUAUGGCUGCCAGAGUAACCGCACGGCCAGCGUGGCCGCCCUGCGCAUGAAGGCCCGUGAGCACUCGGAAGCCGUCCUGCAGUCGGCCAAUCUCCUGCCAUCUACCAGCAGCAGCCCCAGCCCCGCUGCCAAGCCAGCUCCCUCUGACAGCAGCCAGGACAAGACCCCUCCCACCAAGGAACAGAGCGAGGGAGAGAAGAGUGUAUGA